AUGCCUUCGCCGAUUGAUUUUACACUGGGCGCUUUGGAGAUCGGUACAUUGAUAUCCACUCUACUCUAUGGAGUGAUGAAUAUCCAAGCGUACACGUACUACACCGCCGAUAUCCAAGGAUGUAGUCGCAUCCGUGCAUUCGCCACGAUUGUAUGGAUUCUCGAAACAUUGCAUGCUGCCAUCUCCUGGGCAUACAUGUACAGCGCCACUGUUACUUACUACGGGCAGCCGGCCCAUCUUACUUCGGUCCCUUGGUCUCUAUCCGCGACAGUGGUCAUAGGGGGGACGGUAGCUACUCUCGUGCAGGCGUUCUUCACCUACCGCCUUUGGAGAUUGUCUCGGUCGCUCUAUCUCGCCAUCGUCGGCUGGGUGUUGGCUAUGAUCCACCUUGGCGCGAUACUUGCGGUCGGCAUCCUGGCUUCGGAAAUCAAACAGCUCGGGGUCUUUGCCGAACGAUAUCUAUGGGUUGCUCUCCUUGCGAUCGCUGACUCGCUGGUGUUGGACAUCUUCAACACUGUUGGGCUGUGUUACUACCUGAACAAGCAACAAACGAUGUUCACGAGGAUGUCUUUGCUACUUGACAAGAUUGCCGCAUGGACCAUAGGUUCGUUUUAUUUUCUUCCCGCUUGGCACGCAGUGAGAUCCCGCUUUCAGAGACCAGCCUGCUCACGAGGCAUGUUUUGA